AUGAAACCACAGGAAAAGAGCUUAUUAACGCACGAGCUGGCUCUUUGGGAGAAGCAUGCCAAGGGUAAAGGAAGAGAAGAGGACGAAGGGUUGGUUAUGUCCUGGGCAUCAGACACCUUCCGCGCCGUCCCCACAACUCUGAGUCCCAUGUCAACUCAACCCAACGUCCCCCAAGAUAGACACAUAGAGAUCCUUGGCCGGAGCUUGGCUUGUCGUGGUCCUGACGGACAGCUGUCUUUCGAUCUACUACAGGAUAGAGCGGAAGCUUCCCUGGCAGACCCAGACAACAGGCGCUUUUGGGGCGUCAUGAGAGGCACACCAGAGAUUUUCUGGGAGUCUCUCAGGGAGAUUGCGGUUAUGCUGUACUCUGGUAACUAG